AUGUUGUGGGUGUCCCAGGCUGCCGCCCCCGUGCCUUCCGUCCCGGAUCGGGUCCACGCCGUGGCAGGCUCCUGUGUGGUGAUCCCCUGCUCCUACACCCCUCUAGGGUCAAAGGAGAGAGUGGAUGUCAGGCUGAGAGUCAGAAAACGCUACUUGCAUCCCUUCCACACCACGGCGUUUAACAGUGAGAGCAGAAAUCAGGUGAGCAGGGACUUCCAGGGCCGCACAUCUCUGUAUGGGCGAAUGGCAGACGGGGACUGCUCAGUGAAAAUGGAGCCGGUCCACCUCGAUGACCCCCGAUGGCUUGAGAUAGAGCUGAAGUCAGAUCACGACGUGAGGUGGGGUAAAGCGAAGAGCUUCAUACUGGAUGUUUCAGAAACCCCCGAGCCCCCGGUUAUCAGUGGCGUCGGGGUGGCCACAGAAGGACAGGUAGUGACCCUGAACUGCACUGCCAGCAGUUUCUGCCCCUCCACGCUCCCGACCCUCCAGUGGCAUCUGGAGAGAGGAGUCCUGGCAAACAGCAGUGAGCAGGCAGAAGGGGAAUUUGUCAGUCCUCAUACCCAAAUGCCAAUGGUACUAUCCUCUGUGUCCUUCACUGCUUCAUACCAUGUAAAACCCAGGAUUAGAUGUGAGGCCAGUUACCCAGGAGGAAAAAAAGUUUCAGCUUCGAAGGACUUCCAUUUUAGAUUUGCCCCCAAAGAGGUCAAGGUUCAGGUGCAGACGUUGACAGUUCAAGAAGGGGCAAGUGCACUGUUGGUCUGCUCAUGUAAAGCUGACCCACCCGUGUCAGAGUAUCACUGGUUUUACACCCAGCAUGGCCGCACUGUGACCCUCCACCAGCGCACGCAUUCAGUUCGGGUGUACAACGUGAGCCGGGACAUGAGGGUCCGCUGCUCAGCUCAGAACUCAGUUGGUCGAGGACAGUCUCAUACCACGGCGCUGAACAUACAAUACAAACCAGUCAUCCUCCAUCCUGCCUCCGCCUGUGUCAUAGAGAGGUCGGAGUUGUCAUGUCGGUGUUCAGUUGACUCCAACCCCAGACCAUCGGUCACAUGGAGUGUUAACGGGAGUGAGCCAGCUCAAAGUUACAACAUUUCCGUGAGGUCAGACCUCGGGAUGGUUAUGACGGCUUUACUGCAGGGCCAAAUGGACAGACCUCUGACGGUGAUUUGCUUUGCCGUCAACGCGCUAGGCAAUGACUCCUUCAUUUUGCUGCAGGGAGAAGAAGUGACUUCUCUGUUGUGGCUGGUGAUACCUGCUGUUGCUUUCAGCCUGAUCAUACUCCUCCUUUCUAACUUGCUUCUCCUGUACUGCUGCAGAAAAAAGGCUGAAAAACGUGUCCUGAGUCGGCCUCCAGCAGUGUACCAUGGAGAAAUGGCAAUCUAUCAGGACCAGAUGCCCCUCUACAUCAACUGUACUGAAGUGACUCACAUCUACACCAAUGGCAGCUACCAGCUUGUUUACCAGAACUGUACACCUCUCUUUGUCCACACCAAACAGACUCACCCAAUAAGCAGAAGAGGUGGGGAGAGAAGAGUGAGGGACAAAAAAAGAGGAAACAGAAGUGGUGGAGAGCGAAGAGCAGGUGUUGGGGCCAGAGCCCCCAGAGAGAUGCAGAACACAUCUGGCUCUGAACCAGAGGCGGCCAUCUACCUGGAGAUCCUCUGAGCUCACCCAAGAGAUCUCAUAUAAUUAAAUCACUUCAAUUACUGGACCUAUUCUUGUAAAACUGAUGAAUAUAUCAGUAGCAACUCUAAUACACACAUUUAUGUAGCAUUAACUUUUUUUUAUGAUGUUAUAAUGUUUGUACAUAGUUAACUAACAUUGUAUAAUUGUGCCCUUUCUGGGGUUUUAAUGGCAUGUCAUAAUAUCUCUUUAAAGCAAAAUUUACGUUGUAUAACUAUUGUGAUACAAUCAGCAUCUGUA